CGACAGUCUUUCCUCUCUUUCCUUCUGAACACGAGAAAAAACAGAGAGCUAGAAGCAGUGAAACCCUAGAAGAAGUUUGAAUAAUGGUGAAGCUCACGGCUGAUUUGAUCUGGAACAGUCCUCACUUCUUCAAUGCCAUCAAGGAGCGAGAACUGGAGCUACGAGGUAACAAGAUUCCUGUAAUCGAAAACUUGGGUGCUACUGAGGACCAGUUCGAUACAAUUGAUCUGUCUGAUAACGAGAUAGUUAAGCUGGAAAACUUUCCACUACUCAACCGCUUAGGGACUUUGAUCAUUAACAACAAUCGGAUCACCAGGAUUAAUCCUAAUAUUGGAGAGUUCCUACCAAAGCUGCACACUUUGGUUCUCACAAACAACAGACUUGUGAAUUUGGUUGAAAUUGAUCCCCUUGCCUCCAUUCCAAAGCUGCAGUACCUUAGUUUAUUGGAUAAUAAUAUCACCAAGAAGCCAAAUUAUCGCUUUUAUGUGAUUCACAAGCUAAAAUCACUUCGAGUACUUGAUUUCAUCAAAGUCAAAGCCAAGGAGAGAGCUGAAGCUGCGGCUUUGUUUUCAUCUAAGGAAGCAGAAGAGGAGGUUAAGAAGGUAUCUCAGCAGGAGGUUCAGAAAGUGUCAGAUAUUACAGAAGAAUCAGAGACUCCAAAAGUGGUAGCCCCGACACAAGAGCAGAUUUUAGCAAUCAAGGCUGCAAUUAUCAACUCCCAGACGAUUGAAGAAAUUGCAAGACUCGAACAGGCUCUGAAGUUUGGCCAGGUUCCUGCAGGCCUGAUAUUUCCUGAUCCUCCUGCAUCUGGUGUUAAUGACGGUUCUGGUCCUAUGGAGGAAUAGAAGCAGUUGCUGCUCGAAUACUCAGUUAUGUCUGACAAGCUUCACUGUCAAUUCCUUAGGAAAUUGUAAACUACUUGUGCUCAAGAGCAUCUGUUUUUGAACCUUUGAAAAGAGUAGCAACGAGGAUUAUAAUCUUUACUUUAGUCUGCAAUCACACAGAGGGAGAGAAAGAGAGAGAGAUGGUGCACCCUUUUUCGCAUUAUGAUCUCUUGUCACUUUUAUCUUGAAUCUCGUCCAUCAUUGUAUACUUUUUACUGUGGCACAGAUGCACUGUUCCCAUUUCUCUCAACCUCAACGAUCGAACAUGCUGCAAAAGACGAAGGAGAUCCAAAAUUAAUUUACAAACUGCUUAAUAAC